ACAGUGUAAACCAUAUAAUCAAUCGAACCAAUACAGCAUUACUCCUACAGCAAGAACAUCAACGGAAAAAAGUCCCGAACAUUUGAAAAAUCUUCAGUUUUCUCCAUUAUUACAGUUAGCAACUUACCGAGAAGACACCGCUUGACUCCGCACCGCUGAACUCCGCCCUGUCUGCAGAGCCUCUGUCAGCUCAGCUCUGUAAACAAUCAGCGCACGCUCUGCUGGACAAACUAUGUUAUGACAUUAUGACAUGAUAUUCUGUCUAACAUUUGGUUUUGUGUUCCAUGGAGGAAAGAAGGUCAUAUGGUUUUAGAACAACAUCAGGGUUAGUAAAUUAUCCAAGUUGUUUGGUGAAAUAUUUGUAAUAUGUAAAUCUAUAUAAACGUGAUCAAUAAUGACAGUUUUUAAGUUUUCUUGAUAUUCCAAUGGGAGGGAGAAUGUGCUGAAGUCCACAAUGUUGUUGGAGUCCAUGAUGUAGGAUGUAGGUAAUCGGAGAUGGAACAAGAUCUGCUUCAGGUACUUCUUUUACUCGGAGUUCUGUCUGGUUCACUGAGCUUUAGGGGUCAGUAUAUUCUUAUCCAGCAGCCGAAAACAUGGUCAGAAGCUCAAGCGUUUUGUCGAGCGAAUCACUUGGACUUGGCGACAUUGAACAAUGACAACGACAGGAAUAACUUCAGAAACGACCUGGCUGCUAGUAACUUUAAGUCUGAUGUCUGGGUUGGAUUAUAUCAAUACUCGGACAACAAAACCUGGCGAUGGUCCUUUCAAGACGAGAACAUAACAUUUGACUCCUGGAACUCCAAUGAACCGAACAAUCGUGGUGGCAAUGAGAAGUGUGUUCAUUUUUAUUCUCCAACGACUUGGAAUGAUGCAACUUGUUCCAAAACUUUUUACUGUUUCUGCUAUGAUGGAGAGACAGAUAAAUUCAUCCUUGUUAAGGAUAAGACCAGAACUUGGUACGAGGCCCAGAGUUACUGCAGACAACAUUAUACAGACCUCGCCACUGUACGCAACAUGAGUGAUCAGGAGAAACUCAAACAGUUGAUGGAGCAACAAUCAGGGAAUUCAUAUAUCUGGAUCGGAUUGUUCCGGGAUUUCUGGAAGUGGUCAGAUGGAACCAACAUCACCUCUUUUAAAUGGAUUCUUGGACAACCAGCUAAUAAUGGAGCAUGUGCUUAUGCUAAUUCUGAAGGCAACACCGGUGAUAAAGCAUGCUCGGAUCCGCUUCCGUUUGUCUGCAACAGUGUAAUAAAAAAGAUUCAUGUGAGAGUGGAGCUAAAAUCAGAUCAAAAUAUGGCGGAUCCUAAAGUUCAGGACACCAUCUUACAGCAAAUUCAGCAGAAACUGAAGCAGUCUGGAAUGGCAGCGGAUGCUGAAUUGACAUGGAAAGUUCAAGUAGACGGUCAAGUGUUCCACGUGAAGGAAAAUUAUACACGACAGCAAAACUGGAAGACUUGUGACAUACCCUGACCAUCCGUUACUCAAUGAAACCUGGAGUUACUGACCAGUAGUGGCUCCCAACCUUAUUUUUAUGGGAACCCUAAUUUUAUAAUUGCAAUAUGUACACAUAAUUUAUAUGUAUUACAAAAAUAUAUAAUAAUUCAAUCAUGUAAACAUAAGCCUUCAAAUCAUACGUUUUUUAAGAUCAUGAAUAAAAAUGACCUGAAGUGAGUCCACACCUUUGACCUGGCUUGAAUUAGAUUGGUCUUAAGAAGUCAUUCUGUAGAUUCUGUAGUACAUAUCAGGACUUCUAUCAUUUUUUUUUUUUAUAUUUGGCAAACAAAAUGUACGUAUGUGGAAUGUCAAUUAAUCCA